UUCAAAAGGACAAAAUCACGUGUACUCUCGAAAUUCAUUACUGUGAUGAUCUAAGAAAUUGAAAUUGAGACAUAGACGAGAAGUAGAUCUUACCAAUACGACCUGUUUCUUGUUCAUCGCUUCAAGUUGUCUUUCCUCUUUCAACAACAUUUUCAAACCAAGUCCGCGAAACCUCUUUUUACAUCCAAAAUCCCAUGGUUCCUCCUCGCGACUAUUCCACAUGUCUCCUUCUCUUCCUCCUCCUACUUUCCUCCUUCUCUCACUCACAAUCCCAUUCCGCUACCAAGAAAAUACGUAUGAGAGAAAAAGUUCGCAAUAUGUUUCACCAUGCUUAUGACAACUAUAUGACUCAUGCAUUUCCGCAUGAUGAGCUAAAACCUCUCACUAAAACUUUUACCGACUCCCUAAGUGAGCUGGGAAAUUUGAAGCUUGAACGUUUGCCUCAAGACUACCAUGGCUCUGCCCUUUCGCUAAUUGAAUCGCUUUCUAGCCUUGUUAUUAUGGGCAACAAUACCGAAUUCGAGAAGGGAGUGCUGUGGCUUUCAGAAAAUCUUACAUUUGACGUUGAUGCUCGCAUAAAUCUUUUUGAGUGCAACAUUAGAGUUCUUGGAGGACUUGUCUCUGCUCAUUUACUGGCAUCUGAUUCUUCAAAGAAGUUGUUUCAAGGAUCUUACAAGAAUCAGCUGCUUGGUCUGGCUGAAGAUUUAGGGAAACGUUUUUUACCAGCAUUCAAUACUCCCACUGGAUUACCAUAUGCGUGGAUUAAUUUAAAGUAUGGAGUAAUGGAGAAUGAGACUACAGAAACAAGCACUUCAGGGUGUGGUUCUCUGAUUCUUGAAAUGGGAGCUUUAUCAAAAAUGACUGGUGACCCCAGAUAUGAAUCAGCAGCCUUACGAGCUCUCCGUAAGCUAUGGAGUAUGCAGAGCUCAUUAAAAUUAUUUGGAACCACACUUGAUGUGUCAACUGGGCAAUGGAUUGAAUAUUCUUCGGGAAUUGGAGCUGGGGUAGAUUCCUUCUAUGAAUAUCUACUUAAAGCUCAUAUCCUUUUCGGAAAGGAGGACUUUUGGAGAAUGUUUCAUUCUGCUUAUGUGGCUGUGCAGAAGCAUUUCAGACAUGGUCCCUGGUACCAUGAAGCUGAUAUGAGGACAGGAAGAGCAACUUAUUGGCAGCUUACAAGUCUUCAAGCUUUUUGGCCUGGUUUACAGGUUCUUAUUGGAGAUGUAUCUGCUGCUAAUUCAUCUCACCGUGAGUUCUUCAAUGUGUGGGAGAGAUUUGGAGUGCUACCAGAGAGGUAUUUGCUGGACCAUCAGAUGCUUCAUCCUACUGAAAAAUAUUAUCCAUUGCGCCCUGAGUUUGCUGAGUCAACAUUCUACUUAUAUCAAGCUACUAAAGAUCCGUGGUAUAUUGAAGUUGGUGAGUUAAUAGUCAAUUCUCUUAAUUUAUACACCAGAGUAGAAGGUGGGUUCGCAAGCAUCAAGGAUGUAACGACGAUGCAGCUGGAAGAUCAUCAACAUAGUUUUUUUCUUGCUGAAACGUGCAAAUAUUUGUAUCUUCUCUUUGAUGAUUCAUUUAUGCUCGAGAAUAAUUACGUAUUUACCACUGAAGGUCAUCCCCUUCCGGUACUAAGCACUUGGCAUGAAAAGCUUCCAGAAACUUAUAUUCCAACUAAUUGGACCACCCUGAAGAGACAACCGGAAAAUCGAGUGAGUCCAAUGUCUUUGCAAGUAUGUCCUGCUAUGACUUUAAACUCAGGUCAACAUAUAGAGAGUGCUUGCCACAUCCCCGAUGUCCGUAUUAGUGAUCACAGGUGCUUGACUGAUGAAGACUGUGGUGUUGAUGCAACUACCUGCAGAAGAAGAUCAUGUAGCAUGGCUGGUUAUUGUGGGCUAUGGCUCUUCAUUUGAUCCUAUGUUUGGACAAUUUUAUUUUUAGAAGGAACAGAAAAUGUUAAAGUGAGCAUUGUGUCAUACAGAAAGGUAAAAUUCAAAUAUACAAUUGCUGCCAACAGUUAAUUGGCACCCAUCUAAUGUUACAGGGUUUAGAGUAAAAAGGGUAGCACACAAUUUAACAGUUUUUUAAAAAGGUUUUAGGUUUUAGCUUUCAUUUUGAGGCAUGCUUUGAUAGAAGAAGAGAUGGGAGAAAAAGGAGGUUAUUGUAUUUUGCAGUCAUAUUAUUUAAUUUGGUACAUUGAAAAUUUGUAUUUAUUUCCU